UGACAGAGCAAGACUCCAUCUCAAAAAAAAAAAAAAAAAAAUCAGAGGUUAAGAGUCUAUAAGUUACAUUUCUGCUAUAUUUGCUGUAUGGUGUAUCUAGCCACCCAUCAAUCUUAUUUUUUCUUUCAAAGUAAAUUGCAGACUUGCAUGUAUCUUCCCCUGCACUCAAUAUGCAUAUUAUUAAAGUACAGUGCAAUAACUGCUUUUUAAAAUGAUUCUUCUACUGCUUUUUAGAUGUUCAUAUGGUACAUUUCAUCUGCGUGCUUUUGGGUAUUAAGUGUUUUGAUGCUGGUACCAGUCACUUUUGAAAUGAUUUUUGCUUCCAGUCACAUCCAGUGUAUCCUAAAGGGAAAUUGCAAUAAAACAGGAGAUCUAAUCCUAUCUGGAGACCACCCUUGAGUUAGGUUUUUCUCUGUUCUACAUGUGAAUGUGGUGCUGUGGCAUUUUGAAAGGACUGCAGGGGCUCAUCAAACUUGUGGGUGAAAACUGAAUUGUUCAGCCUGUAAAAUAACAGUGAUGGUCUCCACCAUCUCCAUUUUUUUAAGAAAAAGAUGAGCUGGGGCGACAGUUGUGCCUGUGCCUCCUGUGUGGGGUAGAGACGCCUCCAUGAGCACAUGGGGACUGUCCCUAUGUGUUCCUAAUUGUGUGGACACUCACUGCUUACCGUGCUCCCUUGCUGCCUUUUUGUGUGCUCAGCUUUUGACUGCAAAGUAGACUUGUUGCCUUGCCAAUUCGUUCACUCUUUAAACCCUUUUAUCUUGUUAUUAGGCUGCUCUUUGGCGUAAAUUGCAAUCGAUUAGGGAUCGUUUCUCAGAAUCAAAUUAGAAGUGAGAGUUCAGAUAAGUGAGGCCGCCAUUGCUGCUUUGAACACCUCAGAAGGGGAGAAUGGAUUUAUCAGGAGUGAAAAAGAAGAGCUUGCUAGGAGUCAAAGAAAAUAAUAAAAAGUCCAGCACUAGGGCUCCUUCACCUACCAAACGCAAAGACCGCUCAGAUGAGAAGUCCAAGGAUCGCUCAAAAGAUAAAGGGGCCACCAAGGAGUCGAGUGAGAAGGAUCGCGGCAGGGACAAAACCCGAAAGAGGCGCAGCGCUUCCAGUGGUAGCAGCAGUACCAGGUCUCGGUCCAGCUCGACUUCCAGCUCAGGCUCCAGCACCAGCACUGGCUCAAGCAGUGGCUCCAGCUCUUCCUCAGCAUCCAGCCGCUCAGGAAGCUCCAGCACCUCCCGCAGCUCCAGCUCUAGCAGCUCUUCUGGCUCUCCAAGUCCUUCUCGGCGCAGACACGACAACAGGAGGCGCUCCCGCUCCAAAUCCAAACCACCUAAAAGAGAUGAAAAGGAGAGGAAGAGGCGGAGCCCAUCUCCUAAGCCCACCAAAGUGCACAUUGGGAGACUCACCAGGAAUGUGACAAAGGAUCACAUCAUGGAGAUAUUUUCCACCUAUGGGAAAAUUAAAAUGAUUGACAUGCCCGUGGAAAGGAUGCAUCCCCAUCUGUCCAAAGGCUAUGCAUACGUAGAGUUUGAGAAUCCAGAUGAAGCUGAGAAGGCGCUGAAGCACAUGGAUGGAGGACAAAUUGAUGGCCAGGAGAUCACUGCCACUGCCGUGCUGGCCCCCUGGCCUAGGCCACCCCCCAGGAGAUUCAGCCCUCCCAGGAGAAUGUUGCCACCACCACCCAUGUGGCGCAGGUCUCCCCCACGGAUGAGGAGAAGGUCCCGCUCCCCGAGGCGCAGGUCCCCCGUGCGCCGGAGAUCACGCUCCCCGGGCCGCCGCCGCCACAGGAGCCGCUCCAGCUCCAACUCGUCCCGAUAAACAGGCCACUGAAGCCCUCGCCCCUGUAACUUAUACCCCACCCAGCUCAGUUUUGUCACUUUUCUAGCCAAAGGAGGAUCAGUAGGAAAGCAAACCCUUUACUCGGGCAGGAUUUGCAGGCAGCAAUCAGCACCCCUCUGCCAGCCUGGCCCUGGCUGCGGAAGUGCUGUCGGUUUGGAUGCUGUGUGCCUGUCAAGAUUCCCUCCGGUUUUCUGGCUAGAAAGCUCACCCGUUUCCAAUUUCUAAGAGUCAGUUCAGUGGCAGAGCCAUCAGGGACAAGUGAGGCUCUUGGGGGUGGUUUGACCCUGCUUACCUGGGAACACACUUUUCCCUUCCCUGAUGACCUGGGAUGGUGGCCAGGCCGUGCCCUUGCCGUCUCUGGGCAGUGUCCUUUUGGAAGGGGAGCCGCCCCAGGCUUUAGUGCAGCUGCCAACCCUGUUAGGCCUGGCCUCUCGAGGCCUCUUCCGACUUCAAGGGUCACACACCCCCAAAAAUGUUCUCACCCAUGGUAGUUGCUGCGCAUGGUUCUGUCUGUCGGUGCACCGACGCACACACCCCACCCCCCCCACUCUACUCUGAAAUUGGCGAGUGAGUUGAGAGCCAGCUCUGCGGGGUCAUCACACAGCCAUGGUUGUGCCUGCCCUUCAUGGUGGUCUUUCAGGUUAUCUUGGCAACAUGUACAUUGCUUUUCUUUUUUUUUUUCUUUUUGCUUUUAUUGUACAGUCAGUACUAUAAAAUUUCUCUUUGAGUUUUAUACCUUUGUAGCAUUUUAGAUGACAUUGUGUUUGUACUUUGUUGUGUAGAGUGGAAGAAUUGUGUUGAAUAAACCCAAGAUUGGAAUGCAAAUCUA